CAUGCGCAGCAGUCAGGCCCAGGCCGGGAGCCCUCACCUGCAGGGAGGGGCCUUGCAGAAACUGCCUUCCCCUGGCAGCCCCACAGCACCACAGCCUGGCCAAGCAGCCUCCGAGGACGCACACCGCCUGCUGCCCUCCUGCCCCCCGGGGAGCCCAGCCUGAGCCGGCACCUGCCUUUACCACCAUGUUCAAGGGGCUGAGCAAAGGCUCCCAGGGGAAGGGGUCCUCCAAGGACUCCUGGGCCAAGGGGUCCCCCAAGGGCUCUCCAGCCAAAGGAUCCCCCAAAGGCUCCCCCAGCAAGCACAGCCGGGCUGCCACACAGGAGCUGGCCUUGCUCAUCUCCCGCAUGCAAGCCAGUGCGGACCAGGUGGAGAGGGACAUCCUGGAGACCCAGAAGAGGCUGCAGCAGGACCGGCUGCGCAGCGAGCAGAGCCAGGCUCUGCAGCACCAGCAGGAGACGGGCCGCAACCUGAAGGAGGCGGAGGUGCUGCUCAAAGACCUCUUCCUGGAUGUGGACAAGGCCCGGCGCCUCAAGCACCCGCAGGCCGAGGAGAUCGAGAAGGACAUCAAGCAGCUGCAUGAGCGGGUAACCCAGGAGUGCGCCGAGUACCGAGCCCUGUAUGAGAGGAUGGUGCUGCCGCUGGACAUGGGGUCCCGGGUCGACUGGGCACGUGUGCUGGAGCAGAAACAGAAGCAGGUCAGAGAAGGCCAGUACGGGCCGGGCAUAGGGGAGCUGGAGCAGCAGGUCGCAGAGCACAACAUCUUGCAGAGGGAGAUUGAGGCCUACGGGCAGCAGCUGCGGAGCCUCGUGGGGCCGGAAGCGGCCAGCAUCCGAGACCAAUACCGGGACCUGCUGAAGGCGGCCUCGUGGCGCAAGCAGAGCCUGGGCAGCCUGUACACGCACCUGCAGGCCUGCACUCGGCAGCUGAGUGCCCUGGCCGAGCAGCAGCGCCGCAUCCUGCAGCAGGACUGGAGCGACCUCAUGGCCGACCCCGAAGGCCUGCGGCUGGAGUAUGAGCACUUCAAGCAGUACGAGCUGCUGGGCCAGGAGCAGAGCGUGAACAAGCUGGAGGAUGAUGGCGAGCGUAUGGUGGAGCUGGGCCACCCUGCCGUGGGGCCCAUCCAGGUGCACCAGGAGGCCCUGAAGAUGGAAUGGCAGAAUUUCCUGAACCUGUGCAUCUGCCAGGAGAGCCACCUGCAGCACUUGGAAAACUACCGCAAGUUCCAGGAAGAGGCCGACACAGUCAGCCAGACUCUGGCGAAGCUCAAUUCCAACUUGGACACCAAGUACAGCCCUGUUUCCGGGGGCCCUGCUGGCCCUGCCACGGAACUGCUACCGCAGCUGGAGGCAGAGGAGAAGCAGCUGGCGGUGGCUGAGAGAGCCAUUGGGGACCUGCAGCAGCGGAGCCGGGAGGUGGCCCCUCUGCCCCAGCGCAGGAAGCAGCUGCAGCAGCCCCUGCACGUGGACAGCAUCUGUGACUGGGACUCGGGAGAAGUGCAGCUGCUGCGGGGAGAGCGCUGUACGCUGGUGGACAACACUGACCCACACACGUGGGUGGUGCAGGGCCCCGGCGGGGAGACAAAGACUGCCCCGGCCACCUGCUUCCGCAUCCCUGCACCGGACCCCGAAGCUGUGGCCCGGGCCUCCAGGCUGGCCACAGAGCUGCAGGCCCUGAAGCAGAAAGUGGCCACAGUGCAGAGCCACCUGAGGGCCAGUCGCGUGGAGCCCUCACACCCGGAACAGCAGGCUCCAGCUGGCUUAGCCCCAGCCAACCCGCAGGCCCAGAAGCUCCUGACACAGAUGACCCAGUUGGACGGGGACCUGGGGCAGAUAGAGAGGCAGGUCCUGGCCUGGGUCCGGACCCCACUGAAUCGCACGGCGCCCUUGGACGACCUGGAGGGCCGCAUCCACAGCCACGAGGGCACAGCUCAGCGCCUGCAGAGCCUGGGAGCUGAGAAGGAGAAGGUCCAGCAGGACUGUGAGGCACUUCUGUCUGCGCAGCCUGUGGGCCCGGCUGCCCUGCAGCUGCCUGUGGUCCUCAACAACGUCAAGAACAAGUACAGCGAUGCACAGGUUCUGUGCGGCCUCUACAGGGAGCGAGCCAAGGCUGCCCUGGGUCUGGAGCGGCAGAUCCAGGAAGCGGACAAGGUCAUCCGGGGCUUUGAGUCCACCCUGGCACAGGAGGCCCUCAUAUCCGAUGGCCCAGGGGCUCUGCAGGACAGGGUCAGGGAGCUGCAGCACCAGCGAAGGGAGCUGUUGGAACAGCAGGCCUGCGUGCUGGGGCUGCACCGCCAACUAAAGGCCACUGAGCAUGCGUGUGGUGCGCUGCAAAACCACUUCCAGGAGUUCUGCCAAGACCUGCCGCGCCAGCAGCGCCAGGUACGGGCCCUCACCGACCGCUACCACGCUGUGGGGGACCAGCUGGAUCUGCGGGAGAAAACUGUGCAGGACGCCAGCCUCACCUACCAGCAGUUCAAGAACUGCAAGGACAACCUGAGCUCUUGGCUGGAGCACCUGCCCCACAACCCGGUGAGGCCCAGCGACGGGCCCAGCCAGAUCGACUACAAAUUGCAAGCACAGAAGAGGCUGGUUCAGGAGAUUCAGGGCCGGGGGCGAGACAGAGCCACAGUGACGCGGCUCUCGCAGGACCUGCAGGCGGCUCUCCAGGACUACGAGCUGCAGGCAGACACCUACCGCUGCUCCCUGGAGCCCAGCCUGGCAGAGUCGGCCCCUAAGAGGCCCCGAGUGGCCCCCCUGCAGGACAGCAUCCAGGCCCAGGAGAAGACCCUUGCCAAGACCUACACUGAGGUCACAGCUGCCCAGCAGCAGCUGCUGCACCAGCUGGAAUUUGCCAGAAAGAUGCUGGAGAAGAAGGAGCUCAGUGAGGACAUCCAGGCGACCCAUGAGGCAAAGCAGGGGUCUGAGGGCCCAACCCAAGCAGGAAGGGAGUCAGAAGCCUUGAAGUCCCAGCUGGAAGAGGAGAGGAAGCGGGUGGCCCACGCGCAGCGCCAGCUAGAGGAGCAGAGGCACCAGCUGCUACAGCUGAGAACCCAGCGACCCGUGGAGAGGCUGGAGGAGAAGGAGGUGGUGGAGUUCUACCGGGACCCCCAGCUGGAGGACAGCCUGGCCAGGGUGCGGUCCCAGGUGGAGGAGGAGACCAAGAGGCGGGCCCAGCUGCAGACCAGCCUAGAGGCAGCGGCCCAGAAGGUUGUCCAGCUGGAGAACAAGAGGAAGACCAUGCAGCCCCACUUGCUGACCAAGGAGGUCACCCAGAUCGAGAGAGACCCGGGCCUGGACAGCCAGGCAGCCCAGCUGAGUGGCAAGAUCCAGCAGCUGCGGGGGGAGAACGCUGCGGUUUUGGCCCAGGUGGAGGCACUGAAGGAGGAGCUGCUGGCCCUUGAGCAGAAGGAGGUGAACGUGAAGAAGGUGGUCAUGGUCAAAGAGGUGGUCAAGGUGGAGAAGGACCUGGAGAUGGUCACGGCAGCCCAGGCCUUGAGGCUGCAGAUCGAGGAGGACGCGGCGAGGAGAAAGCGGGCGGAGGAGGCUGUGGCCAAGCUACAGGCCCGCAUCAAAGACCUGGAGCGGGCGAUCAGCUUGGUGGAGCCCAAGGUCAUCAGGAAGGAGGUGAAGAAGGUGGAGCAGGACCCAGGCCUUCUCAAAGAGUCCGCCAGGCUGAAAAGAGCCCUCGAGGAAGAGAGGAACAAGAACGCACUGCUGGCCAGGGAGCUGAGGGAGCUGCAGGGUAAGUACAGCGUGGCGGAGAAGCAGAAGCCCAAGGUGCAGUUCCAGGAGCGAGUCAACGAGAUCUUCCAGGUGGACCCGGAGACGGAGCAGGAGAUCACACGGCUCCAGGCCAAGCUGCAGGAGACAGCCAGCAAGAGGAGCAGUGUGGAGAAGGAGGUGGAGAGGCUGCUGCCCAACCUGGAGCUCCUGCGGGCCCAGAAGCCCACAGUGGAGUACAAGGAAGUGACUCAGGAGGUGGUGAGGCACGAGAGGAACCCGGAGGUGCUGCGAGAGAUCGACCGCCUCAAGGCUCAGCUCAAUGAGCUGGUCAACACCAGCGGGCGCUGCCAGGAGCAGCUCAUCCGGCUGCAAGGGGAGCGGGAUGAGUGGAAGCGGGAGCGGGCCAAGGUGGAGACCAAGAUGGUGAACAAGGAGGUGGUGCGCCAUGAGAAGGACCCGGUGCUGGAGAAGGAGGCCGAGCGGCUCCGCCAGGAGGUGCGGGAAGCAGCCCAGAAGAGGCGGGCGGCCGAGGCUGUGGUUUAUGAGCUGCAGAACAAGUACCUGCUGCUGGAGAGGAGGAAGCCCGAAGAGAAGGUGGUAGUGCAGGAGGUGGUGGUCACCCAGAAGGACCCGAAGCUGCGCGAGGAACACAGCCGGCUGAGCCGCAGCCUGGACGAGGAGGUGGGGCGGCGGCGGCAGCUGGAGCGCGAGGUGCAGCAGCUGCAUGCUAGCUUGGAAGAGAAGGAGGGCCUGCUCAGCUUCCAGGAGGACCGAAGCAAGAAGCUGGCCGCCGAGAAGGAGCUGCGCCAGCUGACCUUGAGGAUCCAGGAGCUAGAGAAGCGGCCUCCUGCAGUGCAGGAGAAGAUCAUCAUGGAGGAAGUGGUCAAGCUGGAGAAGGACCCAGAUCUGGAGAGGUCCACGGAAGCCCUGAGACGGGACCUGGACCAGGAGAAGACGCAGGUGAUGGAGCUGCACCGGGAGUGCAAAAGCCUGCAAGUCCAGAUCGACGUUCUCCAGAAGACCAAACUGCAGGAGAAGACCAUCUACAAGGAAGUGAUCAGAGUAGAGAAGGACCAGGUGCUGGAAGGCAAGCGGGCGCACGUAUGGGAGAUGCUCAAUAAGGAGCGUGCUGCGCGCCGGGCCCAGGAGGAAGAGGCGUGGCGGCUGCGGGAGCGGAUUGACAGGGCCGAGGCGGUGAAGAGGACCUGGUCCCGGGAGGAGGCAGACUUGCAUAAGGCCCGAGACCAGGCCGGCCAGGAGUGCGUGCGGCUGCAGCAGGAGCUGCGGGAGCUGGAGCUGCAGAAGCAGCAGAAGGUGCUGCAGCUGCAGGAGGAAGCAAACCUGCUCAGCCAGAAGAUGGACAGCGAGCGGCAGAAGGCGGCCCAGCAGGACCAGGCACUCUCGAAGCUUGAGGCCUCCAUCCUCCAAGAGAAGGAUCAGAUCUACCAGAAGGAGAGGACCCUCCGCGACCUGCAUGCCAAGGUGAGCCGGGAGGAGCUCACCCAGGAGACCCAGACCAGGGAGACCAACCUUUCCACCAAGAUCUGCAUCCUGGAGCCUGAGACUGGGGACGACAUGUCCCCUUAUGAGGCCUACAAGAGGGGCAUCAUCGACCGAGGCCAGUACCUCCAGCUGCAGGAGCUGGAGUGCGACUGGGAGGAGGUCACCACCUCGGGCCCCUGUGGGGAGGAGUCCGUGCUCUUGGACCGCAAGAGCGGGAAGCAGUACUCCAUUGAGGCGGCCCUGCGCAGCCGCCGCAUCUCCAAGGAGGAGUACCAUCUGUACAAGGACGGCCGCCUCCCCAUCUCCGAGUUCGCCCUGCUCGUAGCGGGCGAGUCGAAGCCCUGCUCCUCUCUCUCCAUCGGCUCCAUCAUCUCCAAAUCCCCACUCUGCUCCCCAGCCCCCCAUACCACCAGUUUCUUCUCCCCAGGCUUCUCUUUCGGCCUCGCCGAUGACAGCUUCCCCAUUGCUGGGGUCUACGACAAAACCACGGACAACAAGUGCAGCAUUAAAACAGCCAUGGCCAAGGACCUGCUGGACCCCCUCACAGGGCAGAAGCUGCUGGAGGCGCAGGCGGCCACAGGGGGCAUCGUGGACCUCCUCAGCCGCGAGCGCUUUUCCGUGCACAAGGCCCUGGAGAGGGGCCUCAUCGAGAACACCUCCCUGCAGCGGCUGCUCAACGCCCAAAAGGCCUUCACCGGCAUCGAGGACCCUGUCACCAAGAAGAGGCUGUCGGUGGGUGAGGCCAUCCAGAAGGGCUGGAUGCCCCAGGAGAGCGUCUUUCCACACCUGCAGGCGCAGCACCUGACCGGGGGGCUCAUCGACCCAAAGAGGACCGGCCGCAUCCCCGUCCCGCAGGCCGUGCUCCUGGGGAUGAUCAGCGAAGAGCUGGCCCAGCUCCUGCAGGACGAGUCUGGCUACGACAAGGAUCUGACAGACCCCAUCUCCAAGGAGCGGAUAAGCUACAAGGAGGCCAUGGGGCGCUGCCGCAAGGACCCCCUCAGCGGCCUGCUGCUCCUCCCGGCCGCCCUGGAGGGGUACCGCUACCUCCGCGUGGCCUCCCCGACCCUGCCGCGCUCCUGUGUGCGCUGAUGGGGACCAAGAAGCCCUCUCCCCAGAGCAGCUGGUCCCAAGCAGUGAGUCUCUCCUCUGUCGACCCAUCACUGUCCUUUUACUUACACACUUGUGCUGGGCUCCCUCCUCUAACCUUGGUGCCUAGCCCACCCCCAGACCAGGGGUCAGCGGCUCAGUCUCCCGCUUCCCCCGUGCCUCCAAUAAAUGACUUCUCCCAGA